CCGAUUGGCGGGGGCGGGCCGCCGCGGGGCUGCGCGCGCAGCCCGCCGUGGCGCGCGGAGCCCCCGGCGCGGGGCCGCUGCGGGGGGCGGGCGGGCGGCGCCAUGUCGGGGCCGGCGGCCGAGGCGGGCGGCGCCGGCGAGGCGCGCUCGGACGCUCUGGACCUGCUGGAGCGCUGCGGCGUGUGCCGGGAGCGGCUGCGGGCCGAGCGGGAGCCGCGCCUGCUGCCCUGCCUCCACUCGGUCUGCCGGCCCUGCCUGCGGGCCGAGCCGGGCCCCGCCGCCCCGCCGCCCUCCGCCGCCAAGGAGGGGCCAGUGGUCGACUGCCCCAUCUGCAAGCACCAGUGUUACUUGAAGGACAUCGUGGAGAACUACUUCUUGAGGGACAGCAGGGCUGAGGCGGCCAACGACAGCAAGGAUUCGAACCAGUGCUGCACCAGCUGCGAGGACAACGCGCCGGCCACCAGCUACUGCGUGGAGUGCUCGGAGCCGCUGUGCGAGACGUGCGUGGAGGCCCACCAGCGCGUCAAGUACACCAAGGACCACACGGUCCGAGCCACAGGUGGCUCCAAGGCGAAGGAGGGCGAACGUGCCGUCUACUGCGCCGUGCACAAGCACGAGCCGCUGGUGCUCUUCUGCGACACGUGCGACACGCUCACCUGCCGCGACUGCCAGCUCAACGCGCACAAGGACCACCAGUACCAGUUCCUGGAGGACGCGGUGAGGAACCAGCGCAAGAUGCUGGCGACGCUGGUGAAGCGCCUGGGCGACAAACACGCCAGCCUGCAGCGCUCCACCAAGGAAGUGCGCAGCUCCAUCCGCCAGGUGACGGACGUGCAGAAGCGGGUGCAGGUGGACGUCAAGAUGGCCAUCCUGCAGAUCAUGAAGGAGCUGAACAAGCGGGGCAAGGUGCUGGUGAGCGACGCCCAGAAGGUGACGGAGGGGCAGCAGGAGAAGCUGGAGCGGCAGCACUGGGCCAUGACCAAGCUGCAGCGGCACCAGGAGCACAUCCUCCGCUUCGCCUCCUGGGCCCUGGAGAGCGACAACAGCACCGCUCUGCUGCUCUCCAAGAAGCUGAUCUACUUCCAGCUCCACCGCGCCCUCAAGAUGAUCGUGGACCCCGUGGAGCCGCAGGGCGACAUGAAGUUCCAGUGGGACCUCAACGCCUGGACCAAGAGCGCCGAGAGCUUCGGGACCAUCAUUUCGGAGCGGAGCUGCCCCCCGCCACCCCUCACCCCGCAGCCACCCAGCCCGGGCGCCUCGCAGGCUCCCUUGCAAGCCACGGUGGUGAGCAAAGGGCAGUACGCCCCCGGCCCCCUCCUGCAGCCCCCGGCGGGACCCUGGCGCGGCAGUGAGGAGGCCCCGGGGGCCCCCAGCGCCCCCCCGGCCGCGGGGGACAGGCCAGAGACGCCCCCGCUGCCUCAGUUAACCCGGAGCGCUGAGGGGCCGGACUGCCCCCAUCCCGCCCCCCCGCAGCCUGCCGAGAGUCCCGGGGACGCGGCUGCUGGCGCUGAGCUGGGUGACGCCCCCCCCGAAGCUGCCGUGGCCGGAGUGAAGAGGAGAAAACGCCUUAAUCCUCCCCAGGAGGAGGAGGAGUUCGUUAAGGAGCUGCUGAUCAAGCGGAGCCGCCCCCCCGAGGGCCGGGUGAACGCUCUGCUGCGCAAGGUGCCGCGGGUGAGCCUGGAGCGCCUGGACCUGGACCUCUCGGGGGCCGCGCAGCCCCCCGUCUUCCGCGUCUUCCCCGGCACCUCGGCCGAGGACUUCAACCUCAUCGUCAUCGAGAGGGGGGCGCAGCCGAGGCCCCCCGGGCCUCCCGCCGUCAAGGCAAGCGCCUGCGGCGGCCGCCUCCCCGCCGGCCCGUCCCCGCGUCCCCCCCCUCUGACCCCGCUCUCCUGCCCGCAGGAGGAGGAGCAGGAGGCGGCCAUUGGCGACGGCCAGGACACCAAGCCGGUGGGACUGGUGCCCGAGCACCCCGGGGUGCUGGGGCCCUCCGGGACCUCCCUGGGGAUGGGGGUCGCCCCGGGCCCGGGGGUGGCCUGCUGCCGCGUGUGUCGCCAGGCCGGCGCCGUGGUGAUGUGCGACCGCUGCGAGCACUGCUACCACCUCGACUGCCACCUCCCCGCCCUCCAGGAGGUCCCCAGCCCCGAGUGGAGGUGUCUGCUGUGCCAGGAGCCGCCGGCCCCCCACGAGGACCUCGCCAGCAGCUUCCCCGGCCCUGAGGAGGGGGCACCCCACAAGCUCUGUCCCCUGGACCAGCGGAAGUGCGAGCGUGUGCUGCUGGAGCUGCUCUGCCACGAGCCCUGCCGGCCCCUGCACCGGCUCUCCAGCUCCCCGGAGGGCCACGACGCCAUCGACCUCACCCUCAUCCGGGCCAAGCUGCAGGAGAAGCUGUCACCUCCCUACGGCUGCCCCGAGGAGUUCGCCCGUGACGUCUGGAGGAUGAUCCGCCAGUUCAACAAGCUCACGGAGGACAAGGCGGACGUGCAGUCCAUCCUGGGCCUGCAGCGGUUCUUCGAGGGCCGGCUCAACGCCGCCUUCGGCGACCGCAAGUUCUCCUCGGCCCUGCUUGAGCCCGUCAUUCCUCUGGAUGAGGCUGAAGGCACCCCGGCCUCCCCCGCCGGCCCCCUGGGCCCCUGACCUCCUCCCCUCCAUCGUCCCCCGCCCCAGCGUUGUCCUUGUCUAUAUUUACCGGAGAAAUAAAGCUGCCAUCUCACCCGCCUGGGAUCACA